UAGUACAAAUUCAGUCAGGGCUGGAAUCAUGGCGGUGACCAAGGAGCUCUUACAGAUGGACCUGUACGCGCUGCUAGGCAUUGAGGAAAAGGCAGCGGACAAAGAGGUGAAGAAAGCAUACAGGCAGAAGGCCCUCUCCUGCCACCCAGACAAGAAUCCAGAUAACCCCAGAGCAGCUGAACUUUUCCACCAGCUUUCCCAGGCUUUGGAAGUAUUGACUGAUGCUGCAGCCAGGGCUGCAUAUGACAAGGUCAGGAAAGCCAAGAAGCAGGCAGCAGAGAGGACCCAGAAACUUGAUGAGAAAAGGAAGAAGGUGAAGCUUGACCUGGAGGCCCGGGAACGGCAAGCCCAAGCCCAGGGAAGUGAGGAGGAAGAAGAGAGCUGGAGCACCAGUGCGUUGGAACAGGAGAUUGCACGCCUACGAGAAGAGGGUUCCCGGCAGUUGGAAGAACAGCAGAGGCUGAUCCAGGAGCAAAUCCGACAGGACCGUGAGCAGAGGCUGAGAGAAAAGGAAGAAAAUACUGAAGGCAGAGGAACCCCCAAACUAAAGCUGAAAUGGAAGUGCAAGAAGGAGGAUGAGUCCCAAGGCGGCUACUCCCAAGCUGUUCUCCUGCGACUUUUGCAAAAGUAUGGUGAAGUUCUCAACCUGGUGCUUUCCAGGAAGAAGGCAGGCACUGCUAUAGUGGAGUUUGCAACUGUCAAGGCUGCGGAGUUGGCUGUCCAGAAUGAAGUAGGCCUGGUGGAAAACCCUCUGAAGAUUUCCUGGUUGGAGGGACAGCCCCAUGGCAUCAUGGGCCCCAGCCACCCAGGACUGUCAAAGGGCUCAGUGCUGUCGGAGAGGGACUAUGAGAGCCUCGUCAUGAUGCGCAUGCGCCAGGCUGCUGAGCGCCAACAGCUGAUUGCCCGGAUGCAGCAGGAAGAUGAGCGGCAGCCCACGUAGCCCGCGGCUCUAGCUCUCCAUCCCACACCCCUCUUCUCAGCACCAAUAAA